AAAAGAAGAGAAAAAAAAAAAUUGAAAAUAUUUUGUUGAUUACUUUAUACCGAAACUUCCCGAACUACGCAAAGAUCUGAUUCAUGUCCCGGCAUGAUACGUAGGCAACCCAAGUUGGGUUCGAUCGAAUUAUUUUCAAAAAUCAAAAAGAGUAGUGAAAGAGCGGAGAAGAAAAAAAGAGUGGAAAGAAAAAGAGAGAUAAUCAUAAGAAAGAAAAGAAAGGAAAGAGAGCGAGUGAAUCGAGAGGCGUGGAAAUGAAAAAUGAAAGAGAGAGGAUGGCCAAAUCGAGCAGGAACUGGGAUGAUGCCAAAAUGACAUUAUUAACCUUAGAGUCAUUCUAGAACUGAUAAUUGUGAAUAUGUGCAUUGCACGCAAUUCCCUAACCCAUAUUUUUUUUUCAUGAUGUUCGAUCAAAGAAAGUGGUUGGUUUGUGGUACACUGGCAACACACAUCCACUUCACUAGAUCAAAAGGAAGUGUGCCAAUGUCGAGCAAAAAUGAACUCCCAAUAGUCAAUACUGAGGAAAGACAAGGACAUGGUCAACAUGAAUCAACCGUUGUUGAGGAAAAUAGGUUGUUGAGGCAACGCAUGGUGGGGAUGUUACAAGAAUGGUCGAAUGGUAGGCAACCGCCCCAGGCAAUCCUUAGUUUUUCUGACAUCACGCCUAUGGAACAUCCAUAUACUCAGGCCUCACUCUCCAUGUCAGAAGAUCUAGUGUACCUUUCUGGGUUUGCUCAUGGUCUGGGUGACUAUACCAAUUUGCCUAACAUCACUGAAACCUCCACAAGUCGUCCUCCAAGGGUGCAAAUCAGGACUGAUAUUCAGGGUAUCGCAACAGCGCCGCCCGUUUAUACGUUCUCGGAGCCUAAUCCUAUGGUUGUGACAACUACUGUGUCAGUUGACAUGAUUCCCCAACCCACUAUGGUGCAAAGACAAAAUCAUGUGUCACAAUUUGUUACCCGUCAAGAUCAGUACUACCCUUCGGAUUUCACAUUCAUGGGCCUAGAUCCUCAUCACUCCAUUUCACAGUUUAAUUCUCUUAUUGACAUUGAGAGACCGGCGAAAAAUGCUGAACAUGAGGACAUGGCUGGAAAAAUGAAAAGCCUGGAACAAGCUAUGAAGAACUUACAAGGAUUGGGAGGUUAUAAAAGUGUCUCGUUUAGAGAUUUGUGCAUGUUUCCCGACGUUCAUCUACCCCUCGGAUUCAAGGUCCCAAAGUUUGACAAAUACGAUGGACAUGGUGAUCCUAUGGCCCACUUGAAGAGGUAUUGUAAUCAAUUGAGAGGAGCUGGGGGUAAGCAAGAGUUGCUUAUGGCCUACUUCGGUGAGAGUUUGACGGGUUUAGCCUCAGAAUGGUUCAUUGAUCAAGACGUCACUAAGUGGCAUAUUUGGGAUGACAUGGCUCAAGAAUUUGUGCAGCAAUUCCAAUACAAUAUAGACUUAGUUCCUGACAAGAAGUCUCUGAUCAAUUUGAAGAAGAAAACUACAGAAAAUUUCAGGGAAUUUGCCAUCAGGUGGCGGGAGCAGGCUGCAAGGGUGAGACCACCGCUGAAAGAAAGCGAGGUUGUGGAGACUUUUAUCCAAGCACAAGAUGAAGAAUAUUAUUAGCACAUGCUCCCUGCCUUAGGCAAAUCAUUUGUUGAAGCCAUCAAAAUGGGGGAGAUGAUAGAAGAUGGGAUUAGAACAGGACGUAUUGUGAGUUUUGCUACCUUUAAAUCCACCACACAUGCAAGUGAAAGUCGGUUAAGAAAUCUUGGGAUAGAGAGAGAUGGAAAUUCUGAUGUUGCAAUGAUUGGAUCUGGACAAGGUCAAGGUCCGAGGGGCCGCCAUCGUCAAUAUACUCAGCCUCAACGUCGAUCACCAAAUUACACACAAUGGCGAGCAGCAACACCACAAAACCCUCAUCCGUCUCCACAAAAUUUUCAAGCAUCAUAUAAUCCCCAUUCGAGGCAGGAGUACGGCAAGAGACAGAGGCCAAGGGAUAAUUUUACACCGAUUGGGGAAUCUUAUACGAGCUUGUUCCAGAAAUUGAGACAUUUGGGCAUGAUCACUCCUCUAAUCGGGUAUACUCCUGACCCGCAUUCAAAAAGUUUUGAUCCGACCGUAUGAUGUGCAUAUCAUUUUGAUAUUCAGGGACACAGUACUGAAGACUGUCGCACUUUAAAAAGAGAAAUAGAAAGAAUGAUUCAAGAAAAACUGAUUGUGGUACAGGACAGCGACAUUCCAAGUGUCGCAGAGAAUUCUUUAAUGGCACAGGAUGAUACACACUUCGUAGCAAUGAGCGAGUUAGCCAAAGGGACCCAAAACCUAUUUGUUGAGGAUAAUGUAUUCAACAUUGGUGAAGUUCGUUUUGACGCUCUUUCUAUUAUCCGGAUUAUUCAGGGUUGUAAUCUGGAUUUUACUUUGCUUUGUUUUGAUGUUCGAACCCUUCUAUCCUUUUUGUUUAAUGAAAAAAAAAGUUUUUGUUUUUGUUAAAUUUUUAAUUCAUUUUGUUUAGUUUUCUUUUGUGCAGUUUGUUUCAGGCUGGUUCUAGUGACAUGGCAUGCAUGCAGAUUUUUGGUCAAAUCUUAAAACCUGAUCUAGCCAGGGGACAAAUGCACCAAAACUUGAAAAUUGUGAAGAAGAACAUUUGAGGAAACAAGCAGAGACAAGUAUGAAGGAAAAGUGAGAGACAAUAUCCAAUAAUACAUUUGUUGUGAAGAGAUACCAUAUGAUUUUCAUUUCUCAUUCUCAAAUCGCAUGUUUUGUACUUGACAUUUUUAAGGAUUGGUAUGACGAAGGCAUUUCAUUUUGCUAUCUAAAUGUUGUGUCACCAUUUGCUACCCCUGUUGAACCUUAGUUUUAUUUUCUUUCAUACCCCUCUUUUGGAAUCAAAGUACAGUAAAAAAAAAAAGACGGAAGAGAAAAAGGAAAAGGUAAGGAGAAAGUCAAAUGAAGAUAAAAGAGUUGAAAAAAAAAAGAAAAAAAAAAAGGAAAAAAAAAGAAAAAAAAGAAAGGCCAAAAAAAAAAAAAAAAAAAAAAAAAAAAAAAAAGAGAGAAGCACACAAGAAAUGAGCUUCCGGAACUACGUCUGACCUGAUUCUUGUCUCGACAAGAUACGUAGGCAACCCUAUUCUGGGGUUCGGUCCAACCAAAUAAGAUUCGAAAUUUCCCGUUUCAAAGAAACUGGGACAGAAGUUAUUUUUUCUUUUGAGUCGAUUCCAAAAGUUGUAAGUCUCACCCUUAUUAUUUUUGUGUUGUCUUCGAGCCUCCACGCCAUCCUUUCUUUUCAACCCUAUCCAAAGCCACGUUACAACCAAAGAAAAGACCUUCAGAUCAAUCAUUGAGAAUGUCAAGGCUGAGCACGCUAUGAGUACAAGAUAUUUGCUAACGAGCAUCACCUGUCUGCGUAAGCAUAAGACAAUGAAGAGUUGAGAGAAAUGAAAAUGAGAGUCUCUCACUGGUGAAAACCUUCACAGGCACCAUAAGGCGACGGUGAGUUGAGAGAAUGAAAAUGAGAGAGUCUUACUGGUGAAAGCCUUCACAGGCACUAUAAGGCAAUGAAGAGUUGAGAGAAAUGAAAAUGAGAGUCUCUCACUGGUGAAAGCCUUCACAGGCACCAUAAAGCAAUGAAGAGUUGAGAGAAAUGAAAAUGAGAGUCUCUCACUGGUGAAAACCUUCACAGGCACCAUAAGGCGACGGUGAGUUGAGA